AUGUCAUUCCGCAAGCGAAACGUAGGUUUGUCUACGGGCGGACCACGCACUGCCACUCCCCAUGCGUCCAUAAACCAAGCAUCCCAACCGCCCGUUCUUGGCCUCCGUCCAUCGCCCGUGGAUGGCCGCCAAACCACGUCGACCGGUACCCCCACCUUGGACAAUUUGCUCGCAGGACAUGCCGGCCUCGCAUUGGGCUCGUCCCUGCUAAUUGAAGAGAGCGGUACUACGGAUUUUGCUGGAGCUUUACUGAGAUACUAUGCGGCUGAAGGAAUCGUUCAAGAGCACCAGCUCCAUGUCGUGGGGUUUGAUCCGCAGUGGGCAGCGACCCUACCCGGCCUGAUUGGGGCGGCCGAAGCAGCGGAUGAAAAGCCCAAAGGAAAAAAUGAAAAGAUGAAAAUAGCAUGGAGGUACGAGAGAUUAGGGAAUUUCGGUGCCGGGAUAACUCCAUCAAGAUUGCAUCCCGGGUUACCGUCCAUCAAUUUUAUACAGCUUUCGCCGCCAACUCAGCCAGGCUCUCCACUAUCAUCCGUUAUUCAAAAGUUGACACAAGCAAUAUCGAAUUCUCCUUCACAUAAGAUCCAUAGAGUGAUUAUACCCUCUCUCCUUUCACCAGCGCUGUAUCCACCUGGAACCAGCAGACCCGAAUGUGUCUUGCAAUUUCUCCAUUCUCUCCGAGCCCUUUUAUCCAUUCACUCCAGUCGCAUGACGGCGAUGAUAACUCUGCCGCUUUCCCUCUAUCCGCGAUCCUUUGGACUUGUGCGUUGGAUUGAACUUUUGAAUGACGGUGUUAUCGAGCUCGCUCCCUUUCCUCACUUGGAGCAUUCAAACCCAGCAGCGACUUCGGGCGCAGCCACAGCACAGGAGGAGCCUCCACAGGGGAUGUUGAAGAUAUACCGGCUUCCAGUUUUCCACGAAAGGGGUGGUGGAGGAGACAAGAACACGGAUGAAGAUUGGGCGUUCACUUUCAGCAGAAGAAAAUUCACCAUCAAACCGUUUUCCCUGCCGCCGGUCGACGGGGAUAAUGACGCACAACAACGUGACGCAUCUGCGAAAAGUAAAGCAGAUCUCGAGUUUUGA